UGCUCCUCCACCUUGUGAACUGGGCAGUACUGACAAAUAAUUCCAAUGGCUACGGUCCUUCCCAUCUUGGCUUUUCAAAUCAUCAUUUUCUUCCUGAUCUCGCCCUCCAUAAUUUUAGUCGCCGGUGAAGAUCAGGGCUUUGCAAGAACCCUAGACCGAAAGCUACAUGGGCUGAAGAAAGAAAAGCUUAGCCACUUUCGCUUCUAUUGGCAUGACAUUGUCACUGGCCGUAAUCCCACAGCUGUUCCAAUCGUGCGACAGCCCUCCAACUCGUCAACAGGCUUUGGCUUUGUAAGUAUGAUCGAUGACCCUCUAACCUUGGGACCAAAACUGAGCUCAAAAUUGGCUGGUAGGGCGCAAGGAUUUUAUGCCUCUGCUUCACAAGAAGAUGUUGGUCUAUUAAUGGUUAUGAACUUUGCAUUCAUUGAGGGCAAGUACAAUGGAAGCACCAUCACCGUGCUAGGGAGGAAUGAGGUGUUCAACACCGUGAGGGAGAUGCCGGUGGUCGGAGGUAGCGGUCUUUUCCGGUUUGCUAGGGGCUAUGUCCAGGCCAGGACUCAUACCUUUGACAUCAAGACAGGAGAUGCGACUGUUGAAUACAAUGUCUAUGUGUUGCAUUAUUGAUGCUCUCUUGAUCACCUUUUGUGGUUAGCUUUAUUCGAGUCAGUGUACUCGUUCUUUUAGGUGAUAAAUUUUGAAUUAUGUUGCCCA